AUGCAGAGUUGCAUCACAUUAAAUCACCAAGAAUCUAAUCUAAGUUAUGACAGUGACCCAGAGAUCGAUUCAUAUGCUAAUGAGCCUAUUGACAUUGCUCAAUAUAACACAGGAGAGCCCACAACAGACAGUCCAUCAAUGAAAGAACAAUAUGACGAAUUGGCUAAACGAUAUACAGCGUCAGAGAGAAUGCCACAUAUAUUCAACAAACUUUAUGAGAUUUGUGUGCUCAACAUCUGUACAGAUGGAUUAGAAAUAGCUCUUCAUGAAUCGUUGUUCAAUUAUGAAAAUCCACGUUCCUUGGUUAUGUAUCUGCAUCAUGAGCGAAGUAUUGGUACUCAUCUAUUUUGUUCGAAUAUUCUUCCUAAUAGCAAUAUUGUCGAAUAUUUGAAUAAAAACUUUGUUGUAUGGGUAUAUGAUCGAACCGAUGACGUUGAUUAUAAAUCCCUUCAAACAACAAUACAACAAUGCAUUGGCGAUUCUAUCGUUCAAGAAUUGAGUCUAUUCAAUAUUGAUGACUAUCCAUUACUUAUUUGUUUAUCAUUUCAUUUGGGCAAAACUUUUCUCGAAUUGAAACAAUCGAAUAUACAAUAA